CAGGAUCGCUGAACUGGGAGCAGGUGGAGAGAUCCUGUCUGGCGCGCCGGAGACGCAGUCUGCAUGCGCGCGCCGUCCUCCGCGAGGCAGUGCCCAUCAGAGCCGGUGCCGUUACUGGAUUGCUCAACGAGUGUGUCACCAGGAGGCAGGACUGGUUUGAGCUCAGCGCUCCACAUCACGGGAGCUCACUCACCCUCAACCUCCCUGAGAGUGAGGCCGUCCCUCUCCCUCCUCUGUCUUUCUGCUUGUCUGUGCGCGCGGAGGGAUCGGGGGGCUUUCUCACCAAGAGGACGGCAGACAAACACUAUCGACGAGGACUUGGGCUGGAUUAUUAUUAGCCUGCCAAAAAAAAAGAGAAAAAACAAAACAGAAAGUUUUAUUCGUGUGCCAAGUGGAACUCUGACAAAUGGAGCGCGCAGGUUGACCGCAGAAGGACGCGUGAUACUUCUUGUAUUUCCUUUUUCCUCAAAUUGUAUUUGUGCUUUUAUGGUGAAUCGGGCUUUCAAGAUGAACUUGCAGUGGAGCAGCCCGGCGCCCUGCAUCCGGAGAGUCGCGCACAAGCGGCUGGACUCGGACGAUCAACCGCCGGCCAAAUGCGCACGGCUGUGCGUCGAGGCUGGGGACGCUCCGGGACUCCUCAGCGCGUCACCCGGCUCUCCGGUCAGCCCCGUGGCCAAAACAGCCCCCUCGACCCACCAGGGGCCAUCCAGAAUAGGACACUUUCUGCUUCUACCUCUGGCGGACCGGGACGGCAUGUACAGCGCCAUGAACACCGAUACUGGUGAUGAGCUGCUGUGUAAGGUCUACGACAUGGGUUUGUACCAGGAGAAGAUCAGGGCUUAUGGCAUUCUUCCGGCUCACAGGAACGUGGCUGGCAUCAGGGACAUCAUCCUCGGCGAAAGGAAGGCGUACGUCUUCCUGGAGAAAGACUUUGGGGACAUGCACACCCUGGUGAAGAGCUGUCGGCGGUUGAACGAGGAGCAGGCGUGCACGGUUUUUCGGCAGGUGGCCCAGGCCGUGGCACACUGCCACCAGGCAGGCGUCGUGCUGGGCGACCUGAAGCUACGCAAGUUUGUCUUCGCGGAUGAGAAAAGGACUCACGUGAGGCUAGAAAGUCUGGAGGACUGCCGCGUCCUGGAGGAUCCUAACCACGACGCCAUGACAGACACCCACGGCUGCCCCGCCUACGUCAGCCCGGAGAUCCUCAGCGGCUCCACGCCGUACUCUGGAAAAAUGGCCGACAUGUGGAGUCUCGGGGUCAUGCUGUACACCAUGCUAGUGGGCCGCUACCCCUUCCACGACCCGGACCCCGCCACGCUGUUUUCCAAAAUCCGCCGAGGCCAGUGCUGCUUGCCCGAAGGCCUGUCGCCCAAGGCCAGGUGCCUGCUCCAAAACCUGCUGAGGAAAGACCCCACAGAGAGACUCACCGCCACCGAGCUGCUGGCUCACCCGUGGUUCCACCUGCAGUCGUCGUGCCCGGACGUGCCGCUGGGGGAACACGAAGUGAGCUCGGCGGAACAGACGGUGCCGUCUUUCGACGUAGAAGAGGAUGACGGUCUGUUCUGCUGAGGAACCCGUUUGCGGGUCUGACUGAGGGACCAAAACAAAGCUCGCUUUGAAGGACUUCGUCUUUUUUGUACAUUGGCACUUUUUAGAAACGUCCUCGCGGACUGUUGUGUGUACAUACACCCUCACGCUUUCUAUGAAAAAAUGACUGUACUGUAUUUUGUGGCUGCAUACAUGUUACUCGGGCAUUGCUCACAAUGAUCAAUCAUUGUGUUUCUGUGUGUGCAUUUAAAAAAAAUGGUGCUAAGAGGAACCGCAGUGACUCGGUAUCAUUCAGAUUAUGUUGAGACCAUGAUUUAAAAACAUGGAAGUCUUUCGAAGUUGCUCAGAAGGCGCAAACUCGUAAAAACUUCCAAACAGAUCGCUGAAUCUCCAGCAGGAUGCAGGCGAGCAAACCAGUUUGUUGUUCCUCUCACUUUGCGACCAGGCUCCGCCGGCUGACUCACCGCUUUGACUUGAGGACGGGCCAAGCACGAGCUUGGUGUCUUGAAGCAGACAGUGACACAGUGAGAACGACUGUUAGCAGAAGACUGAUGUGUCACACUCAGCGUGCCACUAUGGAUGCGUCUCACCGCCAAUCUGGAACCAUCUCAGGAAACGGAGAGCAUUCACAAAUCUCGCACCAAGUGCAGAAGGUCGAGAAAGGCAGGCUGUCGCUGGUGUAAGACUUGCAAAAAAGAAAAAAAAGUCAAAUGAAAAGUGGCAGCAGGAGCCCUUUUAAAGGGAAAGAAGUAUUUCUAAUUUGUCAAAGCUAAUGCAUAAAAGAUGCUACAUUUCUUACUUGGGAAAGGAUUCCCACAAGGGAUUUGAGUAAAAAUACCUGUUAGCAAUACAUAAACUGACCAGUAAUGCUUUGGCUUGACGUGUCAAGUGACCACUUCCAACGAAAAGGCUAUGGAAACAUACGGGCUUCUGCGUAAAUUUCUAUGACCUUUUUAGGCUCUUUGUAAACCAGGUCAAACUUUGACCAAUCAGAGGCUCGGAUUUGGUAGUGAAGUAUUGAUGGUGUCCUUUCUAAUUCACGGAAGUGGAAAUUGGUCGUGAAAUUUGUGUCCGGCCAGAAUCACAUACAAGUCUUUCAUACAUGAAAGAAAAGGAUUUGCACCGAUGUUUCGCACCAGACAAACGCUAGUAAAAAGUAGAAUUUAGAAAGAAAGAAGAAAAAGAAGAAGCCCUUCCCUGCUUGUCCAGUGUGAACACUUUGUAGCUUUAGCUGUAAAUCCAGACUUUGGGCAAUUCAUACAUCGAUGAUAGUGGAAAGUGUAAAAUAAUUGCUAAAAUAUGAAGUAGAGAAGUUGUGUUCAUUUCUGCUGGAACAUCAGGUCGUCUGCUGAGGCCUGCAUCUCUGCGUGAAUGAGUGGGUCGUCGUCAGGCAUUUAUUUUUUCCUUUUUUUGAUGUUAGCUGUCUGUUUAUGACUCAGCGCCUAAGCGUGUCUGUAGAGAUUGUUAUCAGUCCUGGUCGAGGAAAUCUGUCAAACUCUUUUACUUUUUAAAUGAUGCCUGUUUUUCCCUUUCUCUUUGCUUUUGUCUUAAAAUAUUUGGGUCCAUUGAGACUAGAAAUAGUUGGGGACAGGACGUUCAGAUCUUUAAAACAAGUCUGUUUGUGACAAAAGGACAAUAAGUUACAGAGCAACUGUAAGUUUUUAUCUAAUAAAUUAUCUCGACAGUGAUAAUCUAGUAUGUCUAAGGAUUUGUGUGCGUUGAAUCCAGCUUGGUUCGUCUUUUAUUUAAUUUCUUAGAGACUUGUGGCCAUGUUUAUUGCAGAAAGUUAUGGGAGGAUUCAUGCCACACAUGUGAUCUGUAAACCAAACUGACACGGGUGCACGAUCUUCACAUUGCACUGUGAAUUGUGAUUUUGUGACACAGCCUCGAGGCUCCACCGAGGCCGCACAGGUUACACUUAAUAACCGCGUUUAUUGUACAAAACAUGUAAAUAUGUAUACUUGAAAUCCAUGUGGAGAUGCUGAAUAAAGAUCCCAGGUUUUGAUAUUC